UCGCCCUUUUGUCGCCGGAAGGCGUAUCUUCUUGCUACGUUAUUUUGUUCUAUUUCCUUGAUUAACAGGACCAUCAGGGUACGCUGUAACCACGACGAUGGGUAGAAAAAAGAAGAAGCAGAUGAAACCUUGGUGUUGGUAUUGUAACCGGGAAUUCGACGAUGAAAAAAUCCUUCUACAACAUCAAAAAGCAAAGCAUUUUAAGUGCCACAUAUGUCACAAGAAAUUAUACACAGGCCCUGGACUCUCCAUACAUUGCAUGCAGGUUCAUAAAGAAAAGGUAGACAAAGUUCCAAAUGCUAUCCCCGGUAGAAACAAUAUUGAGAUAGAGAUUUAUGGAAUGGAAGGAAUACCAGAAGAAGAUUUGAAGAAUCAUGAACGAAAUAAGUCAGAUGGUCAGCGAAGGCAACCUGGGCAGGCUGAUUCUGAUGAGGAAGAGGAAACCUCCAACCCAAUGCCAGGGCCAAGUCCAGUGUUUCCCAAUGGCAUGCCCCCAAUGCCACCAAAUGCCUUUAAUAUGCCCCCAGUUGGGCCCCAAGGUAUGCCCCCAAUGCCACCUCCUGGACCUGGUCCAAUGGGUCACAUGCCAAUGGACCCAAUGGGGCCAAGAGGUCCCAUGGGCCCAAUGCCACCAAUGGGCCCAAUGCGCCCAAUGGGACCAAUGGGCAUGCCGGGAAACCGUCCCCCGCCUGGGAUGCACAUGCCACCACGCCCGAUGAUGCCAGUCUCCCAGCCCACUACAAUGCACAGUGGCCCAAAUAAACCCUUAUUCCCGUCUGCUGCUCAGUCCCAGCCCUCCACAGCAGUUGGUCCAGACUUUAAACCCACCAGCAUAGCUGGAGCAGGGAUUGGUCCUGUGAAACCAACUUUCCCAGCUUACUCCUCAACAGCAGGUUCUAUCACCUCCUCCAGUGCUACAAUAACAGGGGCCCCAACAGUCAAAAAGCCAGAAUCCAGCUCAGGUUUGGUCUCUAAACUCAUGCACCCUGAAGAAGAUAUUUCGUUGGAGGAAUUGAGGGCAACAUUACCAAAAUACAAAAACUUUGGUGGGCAUGUUCAAAGUGGGACCCCUACAACAAUGAUUGCUCCAAACAUGAUGGCACCAGGACCUGUGAUGGGUAACAUGCGGCCAAUGGGUAUGCCUGGUCCGCCACAGUUUGGCAUGCAGUUCCAGCAGGGCAUGCCUAGACCUCCUCUGCCCCAGGGUGGACGGUAUUAAAUCAGAAGUCAUUGUAUGCAGGUGGAUCAGUUUAGUUGUUGCAGUUGCAUAUGUAUAUAUAUAUAUGUACAUAGGUACAUACACUAAAAAUGAAUUCCAUCGACUUGUCAUUUUAAAUUUUACACAUUUCAUCACGACAGGAUUUGUCUCUUCAUUCAUAACGGUAUAUGUAAUGAUUAUGUGUAUAGCUCGAUUUUGUCUGUUUUUAAGAAGCACACUGCUAAGGUAAGAUUGAAUUAAAAGUAACAUACAUGUACCAAGUUCAUUCACCAUCUUCUGAAUGCGGUAAGUCAUUUUUUAAAAGUUGCAGAUUUGGGGAGAUUUGUAACAAUUGGGGAUUCUGUUGUACAUUGUUAACCUGUGGUGUUUUUUAUGCCAAAGUGGUGAAAGUUUAUGGUGAGACACAAAGGUUCAGGUUUGUACAGAUCAAGUUGUUGUAUGAAUAAAACAGAAUGUCAACAUUUUACUUUUGUUUGGCUUUGUAUGGAAUGAUUUUGAAAUGCGAUGUUGAGGUUUGUAGAAUACUUCACAAAUAGGUAAUUAAAGAAAUGCUUGGAAGCCUCAAUGGGAUGUAAUGAUGCCAGCUGCUCAAAUAACUGUUCUGGUCAUGUUUUAUAUUAAGCUUGUCAAUUCUCUGUUUCUGUUGCUUUUUUGUUUCAACAUUUUCGCACAAAGUAGAGUGGCUAUUCCAUCUCUUCAGAAUUUAAGGUAGGAUUCUGAUUGUCUUUUUUUGAUUCAAAGUACCACAUGUGGCUUGUAUUGAUGGGCUCUCUACCCAAAACAGGCAAGUGAAAAACAUCACAGCAAGCUGAUGCUUGUUGUUGGGCUACAUGCCCCCAACAUUGUGUUGGUGAUGAUCAUCAUUAUCUAUUCUUCCCACACUAUCAUGCAG